AUUCACCGUGGAGUAGGAGGAGCUGCAGGUCCCGGUUCCCAGCUCACUAACCGCUUUCCCUUCCCUGCCUCCUCUAGGAGAAGCAGUUACUGAGGGCUUGGGGAUGGAGGUUGGGAGUUGGGGGGUAGGGGAAGGCAGCCAGGCUGGAUGUAAAUUUCUGCUUGGAACUGACAACCCCCAGAGGACUGGUAGCCCUGGGGCAGGGGUGAGGGGCAUCCUUUAACCAGUGUUAGUUCUUCCAGCAGGUGGAAAGCAGGGACCAGUGUCAGUGCCUACCAGGUGUACUGAAAAGAGUGGCAUGUGGAUGCGGGUUCUUGGUGAUGCUUCUAUAAGCUUUGCUCCAGAAACGAAAGCAGCAGGCACCUCCUCCCCUAUGUGGGCUGUAGGCACGGGGGAUACCUGCUCCUUGUCCCUCACUUUUCACCUCCCACCUCCCAGGCGGCAAGGUCAGCAUGCUCUGCCCAAGGCCAGAGGCAGUAAUGCUCCUGGGAGCUCUGCUGACUGCAUCCCUGGAUCCAGCGGGCGGCCAGGACUCAUUCCCACUGUCCUGGGAAGUGCAGCGCUAUGACGGCUGGUUCAACAACCAGAGGCAUCACGAGCGUGGCGCUGCCGGCUCCCGACUCCAGCGCCUCAUGCCAGCCAAUUACAAGGACGGCGUUUACCAGGCUCUGGGGGAGCCGCUGCUGCCCAACCCGCGCCGACUCAGCGACGCCGCCAUGCGCGGCGCAGCCGGGCAGCCAUCCCGCCGCAACCGCACGGUGCUGGGGGUUUUCUUUGGCUACCACGUGCUCUCGGACCUGGUGAGCGUGGAGACCCCCGGCUGCCCAGCCGAGUUCCUCAACAUCCACAUCCCGCCCGGCGACCCGGUGUUCGACCCCGACCGGCACGGGGACGUGGUCCUCCCCUUCCAGAGGAGCCGCUGGGACCCCGAGACCGGACGGAGCCCCAGUAAUCCCCGCGACCUGAGCAACGAGGUGACGGGCUGGCUGGACGGCAGCGCCAUCUAUGGCUCCUCGCACUCCUGGAGCGACGCGCUGCGGAGCUUCUCCGGGGGGCAGCUGGCGUCGGGGCCCGACCCCGCCUUCCCCCGGGACGCGCAAAGCCCCCUGCUCAUGUGGACUGCGCCCGACCCGGCCACCGGACAGCGCGGGCCCCGGGGGCUGUACGCCUUCGGGGCGGAGCGAGGGAACCGCGACCCCUUCCUGCAGGCGCUGGGCCUGCUGUGGUUCCGCUACCACAACCUGUGCGCGCAGCGGCUGGCCCGCGAGCACCCGCAGUGGGGGGACGAGGAGCUGUUCCAGCACGCGCGCAAGAGGGUCAUCGCCACCUACCAGAACAUAGCUCUGUAUGAGUGGCUGCCCAGCUUCCUGCAGAAAACACCCCCACGAUAUACAGGGUAUCGUUCCUUCUUGGAUCCCAGCAUUUCCCCAGAGUUCCUGGCAGCAUCUGAGCAGUUCUUCUCCACCAUGGUGCCUCCUGGCGUGUACAUGAGAAAUGCCAGCUGUCAUUUCCAGAUGGUCCUGAAUGAGGGUUUUGGCCACUCCCCAGCUCUCAGGGUCUGCAACAGCUACUGGCGUCGGGAGAAUGCCAGCCUGAACAGUGCCCAAGCCGUGGAUCAGCUGCUACUGGGAAUGGCCUCCCAGAUUUCAGAGCUGGAGGACAGGAUAGUGGUUGAAGAUCUGAGGGACUACUGGCCUGGUCCUGGCAAGUUCUCCCGCACAGACUACAUGGCCAGCAGUAUCCAACGUGGCCGAGAUAUGGGACUGCCCAGCUAUACCCAAGCCCUGAUGGCUUUGGGGUUGGAUACCCCACAGAACUGGAGUCACAUCAACCCCAGUGUAGACCCCCAGGUGCUGGAGGCCACAGCUGCCCUGUACAACCAGGACCUGUCCCGGCUGGAGCUGCUCCCUGGGGGGCUCCUGGAGAGCCAUGGGGACCCCGGGCCCCUCUUCAGCACCAUUGUCCUCGACCAGUUUGUGCGGCUGCGGGAUGGCGACCGUUACUGGUUUGAGAACACCCGGAAUGGGCUGUUCUCCAAAGAAGAAAUCGCAGAAAUCAGAAACACCACCCUUUGGGAUGUGCUGGUGGCUGUUACCAACGUGGACCCCAGUGCCCUGCAACCCAACGUCUUUAUCUGGCAGGACGGUGCCCCCUGCCCUCAGCCUCGGCAACUCACAACCCAAGGCCUGCCCCAUUGUGUGCCCCUGACCAUACUGGACUACUUCGAGGGCAGUGGUCCUGGGUUUGGCAUUACCAUUGUGGCUCUCUGCUGUCUUCCGCUAGUGAGUCUGCUUAUCUCUGGUGUGGUGGCCCAUUUCCGGAGCCGAGAGCGCAAGAGGCUACAGAAGAAAGGCAAAGAGAGUGUGAAGAAAGAAAAAGCCAAAGAUGGUGUGCCAGCGAUGGAGUGGCCGGGCCCCAGGGAGAAGAGCUAUCCCAUCACCAUCCAGCUGCUCCCAGACAGGCGCCUGCAGGUCCUGGACAGGCGGCUCUCUGUGCUUCGCACGGUCCAGUUGCGGUCCCCGCAGCAGGUCAACCUCAUCCUUUCCGGCAACCGCGGACGUCGCACCCUACUGCUCAAGAUCCCCAAGGAGUAUGACUUGGUGCUGCUGUUUAACUCUGACGAGGAGCGGGGCACCUUCGUGAAGCACCUGCGGGACUUCUGUGCGCAGUGGGCUCUAGGCCUUGACGUGGCUGAGAUGAGAGAGAAAGAGUUGUUCAGGAGGGCUGUGACCAAGCAGCAGCGGGGCCGCAUCCUGGAGAUCUUCUUCAGACACCUGUUUGCCCAGGUGCUGGACAUCGACCAGGCAGACGCAGGGACCCUGCCCCUGGACUCAUCCCAGAAAGUACGGGAGGCCCUGACUUGCGAGCUGAGCAGAGCUGAGUUUGCCGAGUCCCUGGGCCUCAAGCCCCAGGACAUGUUUGUGGAGUCCAUGUUCUCACUGGCCGACAAAGAUGGCAAUGGCUACCUGUCCUUCCGGGAGUUUCUGGACAUCCUGGUGGUCUUCAUGAAAGGCUCUCCAGAGGACAAGUCCCGCCUGAUGUUCACCAUGUAUGACCUUGACGCAAAUGGCUUCCUCUCCAAGGAUGAGUUCUUCACCAUGAUGCGGUCCUUCAUUGAGAUCUCCAACAACUGCCUAUCCAAGGCCCAGCUGACAGAGGUGGUGGAGUCCAUGUUCCGGGAGUCUGGCUUCCAGGAUAAGGAGGAGCUGACGUGGGAGGACUUCCAUUUCAUGCUGCGGGACCAUGACAGCGAGCUCCGCCGCACGCAGCUCUGCGUCAGAGGUGGAGGUGUUGGUGACAUCUUUAAACCAAACAUCAGCUGUCGCGUCUCAUUCAUCACUCGGACUCCUGGGGAACGCUCCUGCUCCCAGAAACGGGAACUCCCUCCCUCAGAAGCCUCAGAGCUCGGAGGCCCUGGGCUGAAGAAGAGGUUUGGCAAAAAGUCUCCUUCAUGGGGCAGCAUUCAGGGGAUGCUAGGGCCCCUGGGACUCAUGGUCAGUGCCUCCCACAGCUGCAGGGUGGCAGGGUCCACUCCCCGGCUAUACACAGAGGCGCUGAAGGAGAAGAUGCAGCGGGGCCUCCUGGCCCAGAAGCUUCGGCAGUACAAGCGCUUCGUGGAAAACUAUCGGCGGCACAUCGUGUGUGUGACGGUCUUCUCAGCCAUCUGUGCGGGCCUGUUUGCAGAGCGUGCUUACUAUUACGCCUUUGCCUCGCCGCCCUCAGGCAUUGCAGAGACCACCUUUGUGGGCAUCAUCCUGUCCCGGGGCACAGCCGCCAGCAUCUCCUUCAUGUUCUCUUACAUCCUGCUCACCAUGUGCCGCAACCUCAUCACCUUCCUGCGAGAGACCUUCCUCCACCGCUAUGUGCCCUUUGACGCCGCCGUGGACUUCCACCGCUGGAUUGCCAUGGCUGCUGUUGUCCUGGCCAUUUUGCACAGUGCUGGCCACGCGGUCAAUGUCUUCAUCUUCUCGGUCAGUCCCCUCAGCCUGCUGGCCUGCAUGUUUCCCAACGUAUUUGUGAACGAUGGGUCCCAGCUUCCCCAAAAGUUCUACUGGUGGUUCUUCCAGACGGUCCCAGGUAUGACAGGGGUGCUGCUGCUCCUGGUCCUGGCCAUCAUGUAUGUCUUUGCCUCCCACCACUUCCGACGCCGCAGCUUCCGGGGCUUCUGGCUAACCCAUCACCUCUAUAUCCUGCUCUACGUGCUGAUCAUUAUCCAUGGCAGCUUUGGCCUGAUCCAGCUGCCCCGUUUCCAUAUCUACUUCCUGGUCCCGGCACUGAUCUAUGUGGGAGACAAGCUGGUGAGCCUGAGCAGGAAAAAGGUGGAGAUCGGCGUGGUGAAGGCAGAGCUGCUGCCUUCAGGAGUGACCCACCUGCAGUUCCAGCGGCCCCAAGGCUUUGAGUACAAGUCGGGACAGUGGGUGCGGAUCGCCUGUCUGGCUCUGGGGACCACUGAGUACCACCCCUUCACACUGACUUCUGCACCCCACGAGGACACGCUCAGCCUGCACAUCCGGGCGGCAGGACCCUGGACCACUCGGCUCAGGGAGAUCUACUCACCUCCAACAGGAGAUGGCUGCGCCAAAUACCCAAAGCUGUACCUCGAUGGGCCAUUUGGAGAGGGCCACCAGGAAUGGCAUAAGUUUGAGGUGUCAGUACUGGUGGGAGGGGGCAUUGGGGUCACCCCCUUCGCCUCCAUCCUCAAAGACCUGGUCUUCAAGUCAUCCUUGGGAAGUCAAAUGCUCUGUAAAAAGAUCUACUUCAUCUGGGUGACGCGAACCCAGCGGCAGUUUGAGUGGCUGGCUGACAUCAUCCGGGAGGUGGAGGAGAAUGACUGCCAGGACCUGGUGUCCGUGCACAUCUACAUCACCCAGCUGGCCGAGAAGUUUGACCUCAGGACCACCAUGCUGUACAUCUGUGAGCGACACUUCCAGAAGGUGCUGAACCGGAGUCUGUUCACGGGCCUGCGCUCCAUCACCCACUUCGGCCGCCCCCCAUUCGAGCCCUUCUUUAAGUCCCUGCAGGAGGUCCACCCGCAGGUACCAAAGAUUGGAGUGUUCAGCUGUGGCCCUCCAGGAAUGACCAAGAAUGUAGAGAAGGCCUGUCAGCUCAUCAACAGGCAGGACCAGGCCCACUUCGUGCACCACUAUGAGAACUUCUGAGAACCUCUGAGAACUUCCUGGUUCCUGUUUCCCCUCUGUGGACCAGCCCUACCGGCAGCUUCUUUGUCAGAAUCCACCUCAGGCCUCAGCUAGAAAGCUGGAUGAGCCCCUCCCUCAUGGCCCUCUCUGAGAAGGUAGAAAAGAUCCCUCCAGCUCAAGUCACAGCAGGUUAUGGCAAACAAAAGCAGUGUGGGGACAGCCCCUGCCUUGUAACAUCUGUAAAGGUGAAGAGAUACAAUAGGGUUUGCCUCUGAUAGGUCCCCAUGUCUCUGUUUUCCUUGCACAAAAUCAGUGUGUUUCUUUGGUAUUUUCCUGACCAAGGCAUUUAAGGGACGAUGGGGUGGGGAUAUCUGAUGUGAAGAGAGAGCUAAGUGAGACUCACCUCAGAGCCUAUCUCAGAAGCCAUGAUGCUUAGAACCUGGAUAGUCAAACUGCCUCUAUUCAGUUUCUGAGGCCUUGUUCCUCCAGCUCCACCCACAACCCCUUCUUGCCCCUAAAGAGAGCUCAAAGAACAAAUAUGGCUCCCUAGUCCUGAUGUUCCCAUGGUCAACUAGUAAUGCCUGCGGCUGUGAUCUUUCUGUGGCCCCUCUUUGAGCUUAUGGAACAACCUCUGGGCUCUGAGACCAAGGUAGUCUAGCCUGUCUGCCAGACGCUGAGAACUCCCUUUCAGUUCCCUACUUCCACAGGAGCGGGGUGACCAGCUGUCCUGGUUUGCCCAGGGCUCUCCCUGUACAACCACCAAAGGUCUCCUGUCCUCAGAAACACCUCAGUCCCAGGCAACUCCUCCUCACAGGAGGCAGCCUGGGAUGUCACUUCCACACUGGGCUCUUUGAGACCUUGCUUUUCCUUCUCUAACUGACCCUUUCGUAAAAAGUUGGGCUUUAGUUUUUUAAAUAUAAAUUGAAGUAUAAUUUUCAUACAGCAAAGGAUACAAAUCUUAAAGUUACAUGUACAUGUACAUGUGGUAAUACUACUCAAGUCAAGACAUACGACAUUUCCAUCACCCCAGGAACUUCCUUGUACCCUUUCCAGUCAGUCUCCCCCAACCAGUAGAAGCAACCACUGAUGUGAUUCUUGUCACUCCAGAUUAGUUUUGGUCAUACUGAAUGUAUCCUUUGGAAACUGGCUUCUUUCACUAAGCAGAAUGUCUUUAUGAUUCAUCCAUAUUGUGUGUUAUCAAUAGUAUAUUCAUUUUCAUUGCUGAGUUGUAUUCUGUUAUAGAGAUGUACCAAAAUGUUUAUCCUUCCUUCCACUGAUGGACAUUUGGGUUGUUUCUAGUUUUUUAUAAUUCUCAAUAAAGCGUCAAUGAACAUUCUCGUA